UUCCAUUUCAAAAGUCAUAUAUUUCCCAUUUUUCUUAGCUCUUAUUCACUCUUUAUGAUCAAAAUUUGAUACUUCUCUUGGUAAAAAUGAUUUAAGAACCACGGUCAUGAUCAGUAGCGUAUGCAAGAUUUCCGCUAAGGAGUUCAAAAAAAGAAAAUUUUAAAAUAUUAAAAGAGAUUGAGGCCAGUGGGAAUUGAACCAACAACCUCCUUCGACCACUAAGCUAUACUUUUGGGUUGUGUCAAGCAGAUUCACAAAAUGGAUUUUGCCUUAUGUGUACAACAUAAUUUUCCGGCAAAAGGGGUUCAGUGGCUGGCAAAGAAUCAAGCAGAAUACAAAUGUUAGAAGAUGACACAAAUAACCAACAGCAGCAACUUUCAAGAUUCAGUAAAGACUACAGUUGGUGGUUUAGAAUAUGUGUAUACAUCAUUUUCCUACUUGUUGGACAAUCUGCAGCUACACUUUUAGGAAGAUUUUACUAUGAUAAAGGUGGGAAUAGUAAAUGGAUGGCAACAUUUGUUCAAUCAGCUGGUUUUCCAAUCUUGAUUCCACUCUUGUUUCUCUUUAAAUCUUCAAAAAUUGCAUCCUCCUCAUCGUCCGAAAAACCAUCAAAAUGUCACCUUUAUCUCCUCUAUGUAUUUUUUGGCUUACUAUUAGCAGGUAACAAUUUGAUGUAUUCAUAUGGUCUGUUAUAUCUUCCUGUCUCAACUUAUUCACUCAUUUGUGCAUCUCAAUUAGCCUUCAAUGUCCUGUUCUCGUUCCUAUUAAACGCGCAAAAAUUCACAGCUUUAAUACUCAACUCUGUAGUGAUUGUCACAAUUUCAGCUUCACUACUAGCAGUUCAUUCUGAAUCUGAUACUACUAGUACAAAAUCAUCAGUUGGAAAAUACGUGAUCGGAUUCGUAUGUACUGUUUCUGCUUCAGCAACUUAUGCACUAUACCUGUCUUUAUUAGAACUAACUUUCAAGAAGGUGAUCAAAAGUGAGUCAUUUGACACAAUAUUGAAAAUGAUAAUUUAUACAUCAUUUGUAGCAACGUGUGCUUGUGUUGUGGGGCUAUACGCGAGCGGAGAAUGGAAAAUUUUGACAGCAGAAAUGAAUGGUUUUCAGAAGGGAGAAGUUUCAUAUUUGAUGACAUUGAUUUGGACUGCUGUUAUUUGGCAAAUUGGUUCUGUUGGUUUAUUGGGGUUGAUAUUUGAAGUGUCUUCUUUGUUCUCUAAUGUGAUAAGUACUUUAGGUUCACCUGUUGUGCCAGUUCUUGCUGUGAUUUUCUUCCAUGAUAAAAUGGAUGGUGAAAAAGUCAUUGCAUUGUUGCUUGCUCUUUGGGGAUUUCUUUCUUAUAUUUAUCAGAAUUAUCUUGAUGAGUCUAAAGCUAAGUCCUCAAAUUCUGAUGUUGACAAUUCUUCUCAAAAUGGAAUUAUAAAGGAUUUGGACCGUAAACAAUAGCAGUUACAGCCAUGUUUGCCUUUGUUUGGAAUGAAGAUGGAUGAAGCAUGGAACUGAUGAAAUUCGGGGAAAUAUGGAAGCAUACUUUAUUAUAAAGUCAAUGGGAUUUAGGAAAUACUGUUUACAUCCAAUUUCAUCAUAUAUUCUCUGUUGUUAUGCAAAAAAUAGUUGCAUGCUUCUUGUCCUUUUUUUUUUUUUUUAUGUACUAUAAUCAUUAUUGAGAGUUGUAUGGCGACUUUUGAAUGAUAUCUGAAUUUUAAGUUUGUGUCA